AUGCCUAAAUUCGAUGGUGCUAGUCGCCGGAUUGCGGGCCUUAGCUUCGGGGACGGGAGGGGGCGGGAGUUUGGCAUUUAUAGUGUACGUCAGCUGCGUGGAAGUGACGUAACGACGCACAACCACAACGGAUUCGACGUUGCCGGCUCGGGGUCGGUGCACAGACAUGGCCUCGUGUACAAGUUUUUCUCUGAUCUUAAUGUGAAAGAAUUCUACGACAACAGAUCACAACAGUCAGCUGUUGGUUCCUGCUUCGACCUUCCGGCCUGUCGCACCCCCUCCGGUGCCGAUGCAGGCAGUUGCAGGGUCAUCAGCUGGAGGCCACCGUUCACAGAUGUUUCGCCCCCAUGCCAGUACAUCUCCCGGUGGGGGGGCAGUGGCGUAUGGGGACAUCUCCCCGCCACUCCUUUGACGAAAGUAGCUAGCUUACUAUUGCCUGGCUGUGGUUUGCAGCCAGCCACCCUGCAUCUUUCAAGGUGCUCUGCCAACUUGGCUAGCACCUGGUCGUGGCGCCACCUAAACCGUCCCGGGGUCAACGCCACCUUGCAUCCUGACAGGAUGUGCCGGAGGCUAGCCUUGGUGGGACUGCAGAGCGGACAGCCUACCUCACUCCCGAACCACUGAGUGAGGUUCCGGGGGCAUGGGAGGAUGUCGUAGGCUGCUCUGAUCAGGAAGCUUAGUCCACUCUGUGGUGUCCUCCAGAUGUCUGCCCAGCUGAUGCGCCUCUGCACAGUAGCCUCCCAUCGUGUCCACGCUCCUUGGCUGCCCUGGGAUAUCGCCUUUAUGUGGAAGUGCUCCUGCUCCACCCUGGUGACUUCGUCCACUUCCAUGGUCUUCCUCUGCCUCAUGGUAGCUUUGGACCAGAACUGUUGCGGCGCUGCCCAGCCUAGGCCAGUGC